CCACCUGACCAGCCUCCACCAACUCAUCAAAUAAUAAACAACAGAAGAACUCAAACUAAUACCUACAUAUGGCACUCGCUCAACCACCUUCCUUUGGUCGUGACUUACCUGAUCAGCUGAAUCGAAUCCAAAAUGUCGUUCACGACCAAAUAGCGUUUUAUGGCGAUGUCAGGGAUUACUUCAAGGAAAGAGUAGCAUUGGAAAGGCAAUAUGGUGCUUCACUUCAGCUUCUAGUCCGAAAAGCCAUGGAAAAGCGUACUAAACGGGAAGAAGCUUUAUCAGUCGGCCUAGAGACUAGUAAAUCAUGGAAUGGAACGAGCAGCACUUUGGAUACAGCAUGGUCAAAAAUCCUUUCAGAAGCUGAUGAGGAGGCGUCGGACCAUACCAAUUUAGCCGAAUCUUUGCAGAACGAAGUCUGUGAAGUCUUGAAAAAUUGCGAGAAGAAGAAGGAGGCUACGCGGAAGAGACAUGUGGAAUUUGGCGUGAAACUAUUGGCUGAGCGAGAUAAGAUAUACCACGACAGAGCGAAGGCUAAGCAGCGUUAUGAUGAGGCGUGUUCCCUUGUCGAAUCGACUAGAGUCAAGCAAGGUCAAGCAAAGGACGACCGACAUGUUGAAAAAGCAGCCAAGAAUAUGGACGUCCAUACCAAUGACAUGCUGAGUGCUAAAAAUGCAUACCUACUUUCAAUCUCAGUCGCGAACGAGGUCAAAGAAAGAUUCUAUCAUGUUGAUUUGCCAAGCCUAGAAGACGAUUUUCAGUCUAUUUGGUCAUUGGCAGCCUCGAAAUUAGUCUCCCUCUUAAAAACCGUCUCUACCUUAAACUUAAGAUGUCUGGAUCAGCUUCGUACACAUAAUGAGAACUUUCUCGCUGCCACCAACACUAUCGAUGCCCAAUCCAACCAGGCUCUUUACAUUGAAUAUAACCGACGACCAUUUACCGACCCUCCGGAUUUCGUCUUUGAACCCUGUCCAAUCUGGCAUGAUUCUGCCGAAUACGCUCUUUCAGCACCGGAGCCCAAAGUCUUACUACAAAACCGAUUAGGCCAGGCUAGAUCCAAGGCAGCCGAUCUAGAACCAACGAUAGCGGCCAAGCGUCAUGAAAUCACCGGGCUGGAGAAUCUUAGAGAGGCCUAUAGUCAGAAUGAUUCACUCGGCGACACAGAUGAAGUGGUGGAAAACUUACUCGAAAGUGUCCGACAGACGAUCACCCUGGAACUUCAGUACACGGUCCUGACAAAGGAAGUCGAAGUACUUGAACAAACUCUUGGGGAUGACCAGGGCUCUCAGAGACCUCACACCUUCAAGUCUGCAAGCUUUGUCACACCUACUUCUUGCUGUCUUUGCAAUUCCAACAUAUGGGGAAUUACAAAGCAAGGUGUGACGUGCAAAGCAUGCUCGAUCAGUGCUCAUGUUAAAUGUGGGCCCAAGGUUCCUUCAAAUUGCGCCGGAACUGCGCCUCUACAUGGGCUUAGACGAAAUGCUUCUCUGGCCGCCCUUUCGACUUCAGUUACUCGACAACAAGCGACUGUUGAUUCCGUCUCUCGAGAGCCGCAGAAUCAAACAGGUCUAUCUAGAGCAGUUUCUACCAGCCAUCGUCCGUCAGCAGCACCCAACGGGGGUGAAGGACUUGCUCGGUCUACCACAACCGUGAAUAAGAUGGCCGCACCCCUCAGUAGCCGAAACGCGCUUAACCGCACUGAACCUAAACCGAAAGCCCGGAUGAUUUACAGUUAUGAGGCUUCUACUGGCUUCGAAGUCAGCGCUCUUGAAUCUGAAAUUGUAACUGUGAUCUCCCCCGAUGAUGGAUCGGGUUGGAUCAAAGUUGAAACUUCAUCUAACCAAAUCGGUUUAGUACCUGCUACUUAUGUUCAAAUUAUUUCUACCAACGCUGUUAUUCCACCUUCCUCUGCACCACCCGAACCAGCCACGGGACCUACACCUGUUCCUUCAAGAUUAAGACGAGCCAAAGCACUAUAUGAUUGGGCAGCUCAAGCUCCAGACGAACAUUCAUUGUCAGUGGGUGAGACGGUGACGUUGAGUAAAGGGGGCGAAGCUUACGGAGAAGGAUGGUUUGAGAUCAUCAAAGACGGUCGGAAAGGGAUCGUGCCCAGUAAUUAUGUCGAAUUGUUAUGAGUGCGUAAUUUCUUCACCAUACGUAUUGCACUGGAUAUUCCCUUUCUUGUUAUCUUCCCCCCUACUUUGCUA